AUGUUUCUCGCGUGGUUUGAAGCAAAUCAUCAGUAUGUAGGCGGUCGAGAUCUAACAUAUGCUGAAUUUCCAACAAGAUUUACUUAUGAGAAGAAGGACAAACAGUGGCAGCCACGUAAACUAGGAUAUCAAAUUGGAAGGCUUCAUUACACGCCGCCUGAUAUAUGGGAGUUGUACUACAUGAGGAUACUAUUGACCGUUGAGUUGUACUACAUGAGGAUACUAUUGACCGUUAAGAAGGGCUGCAUGAGAUAUAGAUGCAUAAAAAUGAUUAAUGGACAUACCUAUGACACAUUCCAGGAAGCACGCUCUGCUUUAGGAUUACUUGAUGACGACAGAGAGUUUAUAGAUGAUAUCACGGAAAAUGGUGAGUUAGGUUCGGGCCAUCAAUUGUGUUGGUUGUUUGUGCAUCUCUUAACCACUAGGACAAUGACGAGCCCUGAUAUAGUAUGGGAUGCGGCAUGGCAGCUACUGUCCGAUGAUAUCUUAUUUGAACGUAGGAAGCGUCUGAAUAUUCUGGGAAAACCGACGUCGCUUACUGACUUCAAAUCUAUGCCCAGGCCAAACGCGGCUGACAUGCCAACUUUCACAAACAAGCUUAUCAUUGAUGAGCUAAAUUACAACAAAGUUGAACUGGAAAAGACACACGUUGAUAUGUUACUGAUGCUGACUGAUGAACAAAGAUGUGUGCAUGACAAGAUCAUGGAGUCUGUUGAUUCUGACGACAAUGGUUUCUUUUUCUUAUAUGGUUACGGUGGUGGAAGAACCGCGCACUCCACGCCGACAGUCCCUAUUGAGAUUAAUGAGGCGUCAUCGCUUACGAUGGAAAAGGAUAGUCCUAGGGCAGACCUGGUGCGUGUUGCAAAGUUGAUAAUUUGGGAUGAGGCUCGAAUGAUGUACCGACGGUGUUUUGAGGCUGUUGACCGAUCAUUGCUUGAUAUCAUGUCCAAGAAUGAUCCCCUAAACGCACUUAAACCUUUUGGUGGAAUGGCAGUAGUUUUAGAUGCAUCUUCGGUACCUGCAGAGCAGGAAGAAAUUGCUAAUUUUUGCAAGUGGAUACUCUUAAUUGGAGACGGCAACGAUGCUUCGGGUGACAAUGGUGAAAUGAAGGUAGAAAUUCCUGAAGAUUUUCUGAUAUCAGAAUCAGCAAAUCCGUUGAAGGGUGAAGAGAAAGAGUAUUUAACCUCUGAUUCUAUUUUUAGAUCGGGUGAAAAUUCUGAUGUCCAAAGCGAGUGGUUCACACCAGAAUUUCUUAAUGGUAUUAAGAGCUCUGGAAUUCCAAAUCACAGGUUGAAACUAAAGGUGGGAUGUCCAGUUAUGCUGUUGAGAAACAUCGAUCAGGCCAAUGGACUGUGUAAUGGUACUAGGCUGACAGUUAUACAUCUAGGGAAGAGCACGAUAACUGCUACCGUAAUUACAAGGAAAAAGGGCAGGUACUAG